AGUCGUCCCGUUUCAUCGAGAAUCUCGUUGAUGUGGAUUAUUGAAAUCAAAAUAAUCGUUCAAAUUUCAAGAAAUUUUUAUUGAGCUAACUAGAUAAAUUCUGAUCCCUCAAGGGAAUGGAAUUUUGACAUUAAUGCACUUGUGUGGCUGCACGACGUGUUGAAGCAGGCGCAAUUUUAGCAUCGCGAUUUUAGGUUCACUGCAAAAUGUCGAACCCGAAAGUUGGACAGCGGGUCGAAGUGACCGGCAAGGAGGCCAAAGGGACAGUAGCAUUCGUCGGAAGCACCCUGUUUGCUCCAGGAAAAUGGGUGGGUGUGGUGCUGGACAGCCCAAAGGGCAAGAACAACGGCAGCGUCCAGGGGAAGCAGUACUUCCAGUGCGAGGAAAAUUACGGCAUGUUUGUCAGGCCUGCGCAGCUGACCUACCUGGACGAAGCAGGACAGUCGAUGGAGGGCUCCUCAGGAGGCUCUCCGUCGUCCACCACACCCACUGGUCGAACGAGCAGGAAAAGACCCGAGCCCACCAGUGUAUCACGGAAAUCAUCUUUGACAACCUCCACUCAGGCUCGGAAAACUGACCAGAUGAGACUGCCUGUGCCUGGAAUCAAGCUUGAAUCUAAAGAUGAAGGUCCUUCCAUCACUCCUUUAAAGGAAACUCCAUCCGAGACUGUAAAAAGAGCAUCAUUUGUUGAGACGGGGUUUGUGGAGAAUCUGAAACCACAGUUUACUCCCGGGCAAGUGCUCUCUCCCAGCAUCUCCAGCAUCAGCUUUCAGUCAGAGGACAAACCAUCCAGUGCUGAGGUUGUUCAACUCAAGAAUGAAAUAAAGGACCUUAAUGAGAAGCUAGAGACUUUGAAAGUCAAGCGCGGACAGGACAAGGAAAAAUUGAAAGAAUUUGACAAAGUGCGGCUGCAGCUGGAGCAAAUGGUUGAGUUCAAGUCUCGUAUCAUGGAGUCUCAGGCUCAGCUGCAGAAGGACCUCCAGAGGGCUAGGCAGGAGGCCCGUGAGGCAAUUGAAGCCAAAGAGAGACAUGCUGAGGAAAUGUCUGAUUUGGCGGAAACCGUCGAAAUGGCAACAUUGGACAAGGAAAUGGCUGAAGAAAAGGCUGAAAGUUUGCAACAAGAGUUAGAACAUUGCAACGAGAAAUUGGAAAUGGCAUUGAUGGAUUUGGAGCUGUUGAAAGCUGAGAUGAACACUGAAAACAACGAGCAGAUGGAGAAAAGCGCACCAGCAUCCCUGGAAAUGAAGCAACUCAUGCAGCAGAAUGCCAAACUGAAGGAAACUCUAGUGAGGUUGCGAGACUUGUCUGCUCAUGAAAAACAUGAAUUCAGCAAAAUGCAGAAGGAAUUGGAAAUGAGACGCUCUGAAAUCCAGGAGCUCAGCCGCACUAAGGAAAAGCUGAGUGCCAGAGUGGAGGAAAUGGAGCAACAGGUGAGCGAGCUCCAGGAGCAAGUGGACGCGGCCUUGGGCGCUGAGGAAAUGGUUGAGGCGCUGACCUCAAAGAAUCUGAACCUAGAGGAGAAGGUCAUGGAGCUUGAAGAGACGGUUGCUGACCUUGAGGCGCUGGCCGACAUGAAUGAACAGCUGCAGGAAGGCACCAAGGAGAUGGAACUGGAGUUGCGAGAGGAGCUCGACAUGGCUCUCAUGGCCCAAAGGGAGGCGCAACACGAGGUUGAGGCCCUGCACGAGACCCUCUCUGACCGAGAUAUGACCAUUACAAAGUUCAGAGACUUGGUGCAGAGGUUGCAGGAACAGAUCCACCAGUUGCAGACCUCGGUUGAGAGAGAAGCCUCAAAACCAAUGGCGUCCGUAACUGAUAUGAUGGACUUCAAGAAAAUGAUCGCCGACUCGAAGGCUCACACGAAGGCCAUUGACCUGGAGUUGAGGAGAAUAGACGUCCAGCAAGCCAACCAGCACGUCCACUUCCUCACUUCUUUCAUGCCAGACAGUUUCAUGGCAAGAGGAAGUGACAACGACGCAAUUCUGUUGUUGCUUUUGUUGCCUCGUCUCCUUUGCAAGACGGAAAUUCUGAUCAAGAAAAGUAGAGACAUCUUCCCCACCUUGACAGCUGUUAUCGACUCUAAUUUGGUACUGCAAGGUCACCAGGUGGCUCAGUACUCAUUCAGAUCCAGACUUUCCUUCUGGCUCUCUUACAUGCAGAGUGUUCUUCAGCAGCUGCAGAACUGCGUUCAGAAUUGCGCGCCGGACGUGCUGUUGCGAAUCGGCUUGCUGUACCUUGAUUUGGCCGCGCAGGAGAAAACGAUCGAUAACCUGCUGGAGCUGUUGCGCAAGGACCAGCUAGACGAAAAUGUGCCUCUCGACGGCCUGGAGAAGUGUGUUGGCGUGCUGCAAGGUACGCUGGCAAACCAUCUGCCCGAUUUUGCGCCAGAACCGUCGCUUCUGCUCCGUGAGUGCUGCCGCGCCUUGCAGGCUGCUGCCGAUGGACUUUUCACAGACUCCUCUGCUGUUUUGGCGAUUUUAACGGCAAAGGAGGGCAAAGUUGGCCUGCUCAUGAAGGACAUCACGACUGUGAGUGACCUUUUACGCCAACAACUGAAGCUGACGAGAAGACGCUUGCCCACCGAUGGCUAUGUUGUCAGCCCCAAGGUGGCCACGCACUCCGAUCCUGUGCAACAGUGUCUCAAGCUGGCCGCCAAGCUGUUGCUCGCGUUCAACGAGACAUCCAAAAAUUUAACCCACCUCUGCUCGGCUUCAGAGGGCUCGGGAUUAAACGAGGAAAAGGCGAUGGAGGUCUUCACCGCCGCGGUGGAUCGCAUUUUUGACGCCGAGGACAAGGGAUCUGUUGAGUGUGUCAAGGCCACGAUUGAAACCCUCAAAAAUAGAGUCAAUAGCCUCUCCUUGGCUGCUCAAGAAACUGAAUUUGACCUUGAGCCAAAGAAGGAUACCAAGGUGACUCCUCCUAUUUCACUUCGGGCGCAAGUGGUGAAGAAGGAGCUUGAGGAGACCAAGAUUUUGAAGCAGAAGCUGGAGACCAGAGAGACAGAUAUCAAGGAAAUGAAGAAGGUGAUGAAGAUGAAGCAGGAGGAAUUGAGCGAGAUGGUGAUAAGAAAAGACUUAGCUGAGAGCAAGCUCGGCAAUGUGCACAAAGAUUAUGCUUUGAGCCUUGAAAAGCUUCAGCGCAAAUAUGACGACAGCCAAAUACUCCUCAGGAGGAAGGAGAAGGAGUUUGAGGAAACCAUGGACCACCUGCAGGCUGACAUCGACUCCUUGGAAACUGAGCGGGGAGAAUUGAAGGAGAAGCUCAAGAGCAUUUCCAAGAAGGCGCUUAUAGAAGGGAUGGCCAGAAGCAGCGCGGCUGGAGCUUCAAUGGCGACCACCCCAAGCUCCUCUGGACCAAGCCUGCCUGUGUCUGUGACUGAUUCGCCUCUUCUGCUGCAUGAAAUCAGGAGUCUUAGGGAGGCACUCAGAGUGUCCCAGCUGCAAAUCGGUGCUCUCAGGGCUGAGCAGACCCGCACUAUUCUCGCGAACCUUCCUCCUCUCAGUGUGAUCAAGAAGCCCACCGAAGUUGAGCCCAGCAUACUGACCGAGUUGUCAAAGAGGGCCAACAAACUGCACAAAGACUUGAUCGAUUACUACCUGAGUGCCAGAGUAGUCGACCUGAGCAAUAGAAAGCCGGGAGAGAGGCCGUUGCUGGAGAAGAACUCGCCCGCGUACCAGCUCGCCGAAAGGAAGCGAAAAGAGCAGCAGCUAAACCAGGAAUACCAAUCCCUCAAAUCUGCCGUUCACGAAGAAUUGAUGAAGCGAAAACCAGGGGCCAAGGCUGAGUCCUCUUUCUCCACUUUCCCUUCAGUAGAGCUGAGCAAGGCCAUGAAGGAGUUGGACGCUGUGGUUGUUGGCCGCCUUAAAUUUGGAGCAGCUGCAAACACUGCUCCCAUUCCUCUUCUUGUCGACUUGGAUGGACUCAAAAAGAUCCACAGCGCUGUGGCCCCUUACGGUCUUGUAGGAGCGUAGACGGAUGUGAUUCGUUUCCAGGCUUCAUUUCUUUAUUAAUUUAUUGUUUACAUUAAUUAUUGCCCACUGAAAACUGAACGUUAUGCACGACUUUAACAUUAUGGUUUUGUUCAAUUCCUAUAAUUAUGGAUUGAUAUUUGUACGCAGCUUAUUAUUAAAAUAUAGAUAUAAUAAUCUAAAA